AUGCUCAAGCUGGGUCAUGAAGCCCAGACCGCAUCCCUCCUACCUGGGUUGGAGGUAGUAACAGAAUCUGAUCAUCCUGCGGAGGCAGCGCCAGAGGAGGGCUCCCUGGAGGAGGAGGCACCCCCCAUGCCCCAAGGCAAUGGCCCUGGGGCCCCCCAGGCCCUGGACAGCACUGACCUCGAUGUCCCCACAGAAGCUGUGACACGCCAGCCUCAGGGGAACCCCUUGGGCUGCACCCCACUACUACCGAAUGGCUCUGGCCACCCCUCGGAGCUGAGUGAUGCCAGGCAGGUGGUGAAUGGUGCGCUGGGUGGCCCCAAGGCCCACCAGAAGUUGCAGAUGCACCCAUCUCUUGCCAGCCAGGGCAGCAAGAAAAGCAAGGGCAGCACCAAAUCUGCUGCCUCGCAGAUCCCCCUUCAGGCACAGGAAGACUGCUGCGUCCACUGCAUCCUGUCCUGCCUGUUCUGCGAGUUCCUGACGCUGUGCAACAUUGUCCUGGACUGCGCCACAUGCGGCUCCUGCAGCUCUGAGGACUCGUGCCUCUGCUGUUGCUGCUGCGGCUCUGGGGAGUGCGCGGACUGCGACCUGCCCUGCGACCUGGACUGUGGCAUCCUGGACGCCUGCUGUGAGUCCGCUGACUGCCUGGAGAUCUGCAUGGAGUGCUGCGGGCUCUGCUUCUCCUCCUGA